UUACAAGCUAUGAUGAAAUCUUCUUCUAUCUUCUUCUUCGUCUCCACAUGGCCAUUCUACUUCACUGCCUCCGCUCUCUUCAUCCACCAAACCUCAAGCACCAUAACCCUAACAGACCCAAGACUCUUUCUGCAUCUCUUGAAGUCCCCACCUUUCGGAGAGAUGUGGUGCUUAGGACAGCAUCUCUCUGUUUCGUCUCCUUCGUCUUUCAGAACCCACUUCUGGAGUCUUUAGCUGAGCCUUCGAAGUCUCCCAAACCGGCUAGACUCGCCAUUGCCAAUACAAACUCUUGGUUCCAGUACUUUGGCGAUGGUUUCUCAAUCAGGAUUCCACCUCAGUUUGUUGACUUCACUGAGCCUGAGGAUUACUCUGCAGGGUUGUCUCUCUAUGGGGACAAGGCAAAGCCAAAGACUUUUGCUGCCCGUUUUGCAUCUCCUGAUGGAUCAGAAGUUGUGAGCGUGGUCAUCCGCCCUUCAAAUUCCCUUAAGAUCACUUUCUUAGAGGCUAAAGAUAUAUCUGAGUUGGGAUCAUUGAAGGAAGCUGCAAGAAUCUUUGUUCCAGGUGCGGCAACGAUUUACUCGGCUCGUACAAUCAAGGUCAAGGAAGACGAAGGUUUCAGAAAUUACUACCUGUACGAGUUUGGGAGAGAUGAAGAACGUAUUGCUCUAGUAGCAGCGGUGAACAGGGGGAGGGUUUUUAUAGCUGGAGCAGCUGCACCGGAAUCCAAAUGGAAAGAAGAUGAGUUGAAGCUUCGAUCUGCUGCCAUUUCUCUGACGGUCCAAUAAUUAACAAGCAACGUGAAACGCUCUUGGAGUUCAACCCAGAAAUGUAUAAUUGAAGAGGAUAAAUUGGCAUUGUUUUUGAACACUUUUGAGUCAUUCAAGUUCUGUUUUUUUGCCUUUGGUGAUGUGAUGUUCGUUAUUGUAAUGCAUAAGAAGUCAAUAUUCUUUUGAAUGAGGAGUUUAUAUUGUUCUUGUAGCGUCCAAGAACGCUAUUUUUGCUUAUUGUUCUAGGCGUUCCCAUACAAGAGGUUUGGUCAUCAAUAUUUUAAUGUGUUUUCUGCG